AUGAAGCCCCCGCUGCCCCCGGGCCCGGCCGGGGAGACACGGGACCAGCCCCGCAAAGCGCCUCACGACACCCGGCGGCGCUUUGCGGCCGCGGCGCUUUGCGGCCGCCCGACCCCGGGGCCUGGGGCAGCGGGAGGGCCCGGGAGCGGGAUGAGCUUCUACGACGCCUUUCGCGGCUUCUUCGGGUUCCCGGGGCGGCGCAGGCCCCGGGACCCGCUCUUCGGCGGCGCGGCGUGGGACGAGGAGGAGGAGGAUGACGGCCCGUGCCUGGCGCAGCCCCCACAGGACUUCGGCUUCGGAUUCAGCCCCGGCGCGUCCCACGGAACCUUCGAGGAGCUGUUCCGGGACAUGGGCGAGCUCCUGGGGGCCCUCGGGGGGGCCUGGGCCGGGCCCCCGCAGCUCUUCGGUGGGCACGGGGGGGGCCACGGCUCAGCGGGGCUGUGGGGGCCGCUCGGAGCCCCUCGUCCUGACCGACCUCCCCCUGCUCCGCAGCGCCCGCCCUGCCCGGCCCCGCUGGAAGAUGCUCGCCCGGCUCCUCCCGGCCUCAAGGAAGACCAAGGUGUGUGCUGGGAGUGGGGCCCGGGGGUCUCUGCGCUGCCGCGGCCGCCGGGGCGUGUCCCCACACACGCGGCCACCGUGUCACAUCUCCCCUCAGACUUGGACUCCCAGGUCUUCUCCGCGGGGCUGGGGACCAUCCUGAGACCCGACGAGCCCAAGUCCGGCUCCUACUUCCAGAGCGUCUCUGUCACCAAAGUGACUCUGCCUGACGGGGCAGUGGAGGAGCGCCGCACCGUGCAGGACAGCCAGGGCCGCCGGGAGACCACGGUGACGCGCCGGAGGGGGGACCAGGCCUUCAUCACCACCACCAAGGAGGACGGGCAGGGCAAGGACUACCGGGAGGAGGUGCUCAACAUGGACGACCGGGAGCUGGCGCAGUUUGCAGGCUCGUGGCCGCGACGGGACGAGCUCCGCCCUCCCAAUCCGAGCGACCCGUCCUCUGUCCUGAGCGGCUUCCUCCGACACUGGUUCUCCAGCUGGUAG